AUGCUUUUUCACUUUCUUUGUCUAUUUUUUUGGGCCUUUGCGGUCUUUGCCAGAAUACCGAGUAAUGAUACUUUUUGCAUAUUCAAAAUCAAAGUAGACAGUAGAACGUAUAGGGAAAGCGCCAAUUUGGCGGACUGGGCAUAUAUAUAUGACCAAAGUCAGCCAGACAGGGUCAUUCAAGUCAAAGUUGAUCAAAUUAGAGUGCGUCAUACGUCUAGAGAUCUUAUACCUCCGCCAGUAUAUUCUGACAAUGUCGGCCGUUAUACUCUCGAUGGCCCAUACCAAGCUGAUCACGUUUUUGAAGCACAAAUUAUCUUACGUUACUUUCAAAACUUGGAUACUAAUAUACGAACUAUUAUGUGUAAUAUAAUUAAUGAGAACAACCUAGAUAUUGGAUUACAAAAUAUCAUGAAUUCCGAGUUCAAUAUACGAUUUCUUGAUCCGAGAAUUAACAGGGCUAAGGGGUCAAUCUUUGGAGGAAAUAGUGUGACUAAUCAACAUUUUAAUCGUGCCGCAAUAGACUAUCUCAGAAACGAUGAUGUCUAUAGAGCAUUUGCUAACACCCGUCUGUUAGUGAUCGAGUGGUUAACAACGGUAAUCAGCCUAGCUGAUGUUGAUAUCUAUUACAUUAGAUAUUUUGAAUUGUUCUCAAGUUCUGACUAUGAAACUGCGACUGGAUACAGCCCUAUCAUUAGAAUACCUUUUCAGCAAUUUAUACCUAGAAGGACACCUUUGGAUAUACCACAAUUGGCCGAACGUGUUGGGAGCGUAUUUCGAGAGUAUAAUCAGCAUCGUGUUCAGCAUCGUUUUGAAGGUGUUCAGCAUCGUUUUGAAGGUGUUCGACGGUUUUUAACUACCGUUUCUAUUGUCUGGGGUGAUGUGUUAGCCAAUUUAGAAAGUAUAAGGAAUUAUUUAGAUGAUGAUUUACAUCGUCUCGAUAGAGAUUAUGGUGGAAAUCGCAUAUUCACAACACUAGUUAUCAUCUUUGCUAGUAUUCACUUUUACGACGAAGGAGUUAUUAACGAAAGGGAUAUUUAUGCUGCGGUAGCAGCAAUCGUAAAGGUAAUACGGCAGUAUCAUGACGAAUUGAGGCGUUGA